UCGUUACGGGGUUUUAGGGUUCUUCGUUACGGGGUUUUAGGGUUCUUCGUGUAACUAUGGAGCUGGAAGAGAUCCAAGGCAUCGCCUCCAUUGCGCUGCUUCCAUCCGGCUCUAUCUCGGGUCACUUCGUCCACCCUCCAUCGUCUUCAUGCCUCGGUUUGUAUGGAACAGAAAUCCCUUGCGCGCGAGAAUGCAGCCGAGCGGAGGACUAUCGUCUCAUCAAUCUCACGCUGCUGGACUACAGAACUAAGAAGGAGACGAGCGUGAUCGUCGAGUGUAGAGGACAGGACGCUUCGAGGUUCCACAAUGUGGAUGAUGUUCAUGGGUGGGAAGAGGAUGUGAUCAAAGCAGCGAAGGCGAGCGAUCCAAACAACCAUCUCCAAAUCUCUUUCGAGUGUGAGACUCUCAAAGCGGACGAGGACGCGGAGAGACACUUGCAAAGGUUUCUUCCAGCGCUCGCCAACAAAGGAGCUGUCGUAAACAUUGGCACCAUGAAGAUCAAGGGUCUCGACCUGGAAGAACUCACGAGAUCGUCCAACCAAGACGCUGUCACUGGCAAAGCAUCCCUGCAACCAAACACUCCAGAGUCCAUCGAUCCAGAGUUCACGCUACACGACCAGGUGGUGGAAGUGAAAACGAUGGAGCAACUCCAGCUCGAUCCAAGCCCGCAAGACAUGACGGACGAGAUCGGCAAGCUGCUCGAGGAGGAGCUUCAAGCCGAGGGACUGGCCGAUGCUCCAGUGGAGUUUUCAUUCUCGUGGAAGGAUCAACUCAACCCGCGGAUCAAAGUUCCAAAGGAGGAGGAGGAUCUGGACGAAGAAAUGCCAGAAGAAUCCCUGGCAUCCAACACUAGCUAGAGUUACGUCAAAGAUCGCCAAACUUUCCAUCGAUCUUAUUCGUAGAAGAAUCCAAUCCAGUGUACACUUUUUCGCUCGUAAAUCCACUCGAGCUCCUUGAGCUCUUAUAGAUCCA